GAUUUUAUCCAGCCCCGUAUCCAGCUCGCUCCUCGCCUUAACCCUAUAUUCAGUCAUUUAUUUUCUGCUCCAAACCAAAGAUUGCCAACAAGCCUUCUUCCGCCCUCUGUCACCUUUGUCAACCAAUCCAACAAGGUAGCAAGCGACAGACACAGAUCGACAAUGUCGAACACCAAGAUAAGGCAAGGACUUUCUCCUUCUAAUGGGAGGAAACAAGAAGGGGAGCGCUUGAAACAGAGGACUCCAGCCAGUAACCGAAGGAAUGGCAACGGGGCGUUCUCUUCCGCCCAAGCUUCACGCGGUCAUUUGGGGACGCCCCAAGAGCAGCGUAUACAGGGAGAAAAAUGGAUUUCGUCUCCGCCUCAGAAGGAGGAGGAGGACGAAAAUAUGGACCACCAGAUGAGACCACAGAGGACACCGCUAUCGAUGGCCAUUGCCAUGAAAGCUGCCACGUCGCCUGCUUUGUCCUCGUUUCCAGAUUCAUUCUGGACUCCUUUUCUCGAACAAGAGGAAUACAACCGACAAAAAUUGUAUGGAUCCACUGCUGCUGUGAAUUCUCCAACUCCUCGCAAAUUGCAGUUCCAUGAUGAGAAUAAUAACAAACCCAGGAGGAAACAGGUCAAGCCCAAGAAUGGCGCGGCACCGAAAAAACCCAAGUCCUCGUUUGGCAUUGUGACAAUCUUCCGGGCAAUACUAAAUCAGCUGGUCUAUUUGGCAACUGUAUCGUUUGUGACGUCGCUGAUGUAUGUCCCCUAUUUGCGACCAAUCUUUGAAGUGAUGGCAUUUCUUGGACGGCUUCUCCUCGGAUUUGCAUUGGGAGUUUUCGUUUUUGUAACAACAAUUGCUUGGCCAUUUCUGCAGGAGCAGUAUCAUCAAUGUCAUUUGGAUGACACAAUGGCAGACAUCAAGGACUGGUUGUUGGAAAAAAAUCUCAUUGAAUGCAGUGGUUUGGACGAACAAGAUUGUACCCUUGGGUCUUUUUUUGGUGUCUGAGCAUGUGGGUGGGUGGGUGUGGCCUUUAUUCUUGAGACACAGGCGACCAAGUUCUUUCUUCAGUAAACUUAUUUUAACAAAAUGAUUACUAGGGCCCA